AUGUCGGCAGUGACGGCAGAAGCUACGGAACAGAUGGCGCGGCGAUGGUGUGAGAAAAUACUGCACAGCGGUGCUCGUCAAGCAGCGGAGAUACAAGUGGACCGCGCCAUCUGCGACCUGACCGCAGAAAUCAUCGGCCGCGCCGCUUUCGGCACCAGCCACCAGGAAGCCAGCGAGGUCCUCGUCCUGAUGCACGAGAUGCAGAAGAUGGGCGCCGCGGCCAUGUUGGAUGGCCCCAUACUCUGGCAUCUGCCGACUCGGCGCAACCUAACGGUGCGACGUCUGGACAAGCUGUUGAGGAGCAAGAUCACGGCGAUGAUGGCGGCGCGGGUGGCCGCCGCCAAUUGCGGCGGUGGCUACGGCGACGACCUGCUCGGGCUCCUGCUGGAGGCGUGGUCGCCGGAGCCGGAGCGGCAAGCUGGGAGCGACGACGACGAAGGGACGACGACGACGCUGACCACCGGGGAGGUGAUCGACGAGUGCAAGACCUUCUUCGGCGCCGGGCAGGAGACCACCGCCACCCUCCUCGUGUGGACCGUGUUCCUGCUCAGCACGCACCCGCAGUGGCAGGACAAGGUCAGGGAGGAGGUCCUCCGCGAGUUCCCCGGCGGCGACGGCGACGUUCCCAACUCCGACACCCUCUCCAGACUCAAGUUGCUUCACAUAGUUCUGCUGGAGACGCUGAGGCUCUACCCGCCGAUCGUGUACAUACAACGGACGACCGCCUCAGACGCCGUGCUCAGGGGCAUCGAGGUGCCCGGGGGCACCGUGAUAUCGAUCCCCAUCGGCCUACUGCAGCGGGACAGGGAGGUGUGGGGCUCCGACGCCGACGAGUUCAACCCCUUGAGGUUCAGCAAUGGCGUCGCCAGAGCCGCCAUGGACCCACACGCGCUGCUGUCUUUCUCGCUUGGCCCGAGAGCCUGCACUGGCAAGAGCUUCGGCAUCAUCGAAGCACAGAUCGUCAUGGCGGUCAUCCUCAGGAAGUUCACCUUCUCCCUCUCCCCGACGUACGUUCACAAGCCCAAGUAUGUCGUCUCCUUGACUCCCAAAUGUGGGAUGCCUCUCAUCUUCAAGAGCCUCCAUGGGUGA